GGUAUAAAUAGAGAGGUCCAACCACACUGACCAUCACACACUCAUCAACCAUGGCUCUCAAGGUCGUCGUCCUCGCCUGCGUGGCUGUCGUCGCUCUGUGCGACAAGGCUCCAGUCUACCCCCCACCUCCUCCUGCCUACGCCCCUGCACCUUCCUACCAUGCCCCUGCACCCUACCACGCCCCCGAACCCGCCUACCACGCCCCCGAACCCGCCUACCACGCCCCCGAACCCGCCUACCACGCCCCCGAACCCGCCUACCACGCUCCCGAACCCGCCUACCACGCCCCUUCACACUACGAGCCCGAAUACCCUGAUGUGCCCCCGAAGUACAACUACAACUACGGCGUCGCCGACGGCUACUCCGGCGCCAACUUCGGCCACUCGGAGUCCCGCGACGGCUACAAGACCGAGGGCAGCUACACCGUCGACCUCCCCGACGGCCGCAAGCAGAUCGUCACAUAUGUGGACAACGGCGACGGUCUUGUAGCUGAGGUCACCUACGAGGGCGAGGCUCAGUACCCCGAGUACAAACCCACCUACAAGCCCGCUCCCCCCGCCUACGCCCACCCUACUCCCACCUAUGCUUAAGAGAUUCAUAUACGAGAAUAUAUUAUCAAAAACAUAUUCUACAAAUUAUAAUCAUUUUCAUUUACAUGAAAUAAAGACCAUAUUUUCUUAUAA